UACGAAUUUAUUUAGCCACCAGAAUACAUUUAACGCUUCCUCGCGAUUGUUUAUCAAGUUUAACAAGUUUUUUAAUUGAAAAAUAACAAUAAUGUAUGCAGCUGCUCACACAGGUGACAACUAUGGCGCUUAUGAUGCUGAGGGCGCGAAAAGCUUCUCUUUCGAUGAGGAGAGCGUACGAAAGGGCUUCAUACGCAAAGUCUACUCGAUACUCAUGGUGCAAUUGCUCAUCACCUUCGGCUUUAUUACGGUUUUUAUAUAUGUGACGGAAGUCAAAGACUGGGUUCAUCGUACACAAUGGAUAGUUUGGGUAGCACUGGCCAUACUUUUGGUAACGAUGAUAUGUAUGGCUUGCUGCGAGGGUGUACGACGCAAAACACCUUUGAACUUUAUUUUCCUGCUUAUAUUCACAUUGGCAGAGUCAUUCCUGCUGGGUAUAGUCGCUACCUAUUAUGGUUCAAGUGAGGUUAUGUUGGCCGUUGGCAUAACAGCUGCUGUAUGCCUUGCAUUGACACUCUUCGCCUUCCAAACCAAAUGGGAUUUCACCAUGUGCGGCGGUGUCCUUUUGGUCGCCAUUGUUGUAUUCCUCAUUUUUGGCAUUGUGGCUAUCUUUAUACCCGGCAAAGUGAUAACGCUUGUGUACUCUUCACUGGGUGCAUUACUCUUCUCCAUCUAUUUAGUUUAUGAUACACAAUUGAUGAUGGGGGGUAAGCAUAAAUACGCCAUUAGUCCGGAGGAGUACAUUUUUGCAGCGCUCAAUCUUUAUCUGGAUAUCAUAAAUAUCUUCACGUAUAUAUUGGCCAUUAUUGGAGCGACUAGAGGAUGAAGCGGACAUACUGUAUUUUAACAUUUAAGCAAACCACAGAGAUUAAAUGAGUAGUUGCUGUAUCAUAUCUACGUCGGACGGAGAUAAUAUUAAGCAACUAACUUCAAUUUUUAUGAAUCCAUAUAAGCCAAAUAUAAACGCAACAUACCUUAUAAAUAAUAAUUAAAAAUAAGAUCUUGUAUGCGAAAUUGGUGUUACCAAGUAGAUUAAGAAAAAUUGUAAGAGCUUUAAAAAUCACAACUUAAAGGUAAAAGAAAAAUUCGGUUAAUAUUAAAAAAAAAUUAGAACAAUUAUAUACAUACAUGU